AUGUCAGCCAUCAAUGAUUCUCAGACCAAGUGGGGCAAUGACUUCGCAGUCAAGGCCGGCCUGGCGCAGAUGCUCAAGGGUGGCGUCAUCAUGGACGUCACGACCGCGGCGGAAGCACGGAUUGCCGAAGAAGCCGGUGCGGUGGCGGUCAUGGCGCUGGAGCGCAUCCCGUCCGAUAUCCGCAAGAUGGGCGGCGUGGCGCGCAUGUCCAACCCCAAGAUGAUCAAGGAGAUCCAAGAGGCCGUGUCGAUCCCCGUCAUGGCCAAGGCCCGCAUCGGGCACAUCGUCGAGUGCCAGAUCCUCGAGGCGAUGGGGAUCGACUUCAUCGACGAGAGCGAGGUGCUCACCCCGGCCGACGACCAGUUCCAUGUCGAGAAGACGCGCUUCAAGAUCCCCUUCGUGUGCGGCUGCCGCAACCUGGGCGAGGCGCUGCGCCGCAUUAAGGAGGGCGCGGCUAUGAUCCGCACCAAGGGCGAGGCCGGGACCGGCGACAUCGUUGAGGCCGUCAAGCACAUCCGCACCGUCAACGCCGAGAUCGCGCGCGCGAAGUCCGCGCUCUCCGCGGGGGACGACCUGGCCGUCCGUGCGCUCGCCCGCGAGAUCGGGUGCGACGCCGACCUGCUCAAGCAGACGGCCGAGCUGGGGCGGCUGCCCGUGGUCAACUUCGCGGCCGGCGGCGUGGCCACGCCGGCCGACGCGGCGCUCAUGAUGCAGCUGGGCUGCGACGGCGUGUUCGUCGGCAGCGGCAUCUUCAAGGACGCCACCCCGGAGGAGGCGGCGAAGCGGGCGCGCGCCAUCGUCAAGGCCACCGCUUACUACACGGACGGCGCGGCGCUCAUCGAGGCGAGCAUCGAGCACGGCACGGCUAUGAAGGGCAUCAGCAAUGCCGGCAUGAAGCCCGAGGAGAGGAUGGCCGGGCGGGGUUGGUAA